GGGAGACUUCCGCAAUGGCGUCUGUGGAAACCAAGUUUCACUUGUUUUUACAUGCGAAAAAGAUCAUUUAGCAUGUAAAAAUAAAUGGUUUUAAAUAAUGGGUAGCCUGGAGCAUGGCACAUUUGACACCAAACUCCAUGAGGCUGUGCGAUAUAGUGACCUAGAUGCUGUGAGAGUGGCUCUGCAGCAAGGCUACGACCCAAAUCUGAUUGGUCUAUAUCAGUGGAGUGCUCUACAUGAGGCCUCGCACAAUGGAGAGGAGGACAUCAUCAAGCUCCUACUUAAACACAAAGGUAACCCAGACAAACCUGACUCACUGGAUGGGUUCACAGCCUGUCACUAUGCGGCCCAGGCAGGGCAUGUGGACUGUCUCUCUCUACUGCUUGCGGCCGGGGGGCACUGGGAUAUCACAAACAAACAAGGGCAGACUACUCUAGAUGUCGCUGUAGAAGAUUGCCGGAAUAUUUUGAAUUUAGCAAAAUGCGAAACCGAACAGAAAUUGGAGAAAGAAACAAAGAAGACCCCCUCACAAGUCGAGACGAAAACAAACCCUCCACUAAUCCAGGUAGAUCCUGUAAAAGAUGAUGCAUCAAUAUCUGGAGAAUCGACUGCAGAAUCAAUUAAUCAAGAUCACAAGACAAUAAAAGACAGGAAAAAUAAAGAUCCAGUACUGGGAUAUCUUCAUCUAACAUUUGAAUACCAUGCCAAGAAAACAACACUGAAGAUCAGAGUCUGGCAAGUCACUGAUCUUCUUUUACCGCCACCUACAACCUCAAUGAUACAUUCCAUCUAUGUCAAGACCUACCUGAUGCCUGACAAGAAAAAGAAUUCUAAAAGGAAAACAGAAGAAGUGCGAGUAGAAAGUACAGAGGCUCAUCUCCAGGUGAAGAAAGGAAGUCAGGGUUUCCAACAUGUGUACUCCCCAUCAACAUUUAAGUUUACCAAGCCUCUGGAGUACACAGAUGUUACUUCUGACAUGGUUAAAGAACAAAGUGUGCAACUUGAGGUUUGUAUCACUCAGAAAUAUUCAAAACGAAGCUUUCUUAUUGGUCAGUAUCACUUGCCGCUGAAGUCUGCAGUUCGUAAGUUGGUGCGGACUAGCUAUCCACUGAUUCCCUGUAUGAACCACACCAUACCUAACAAUAUGAAGGUUUACUAUGCAUCUGAACUUCAGAUCACAAACUCGGCACAGGUGUUUUACAGUAACCCAAACAUCAGAAACUUGUCCCUCAGUGACUUUUCUGAGGGGUCAGAACGUGCACUAAGUGAACUUGAACUCACAGGGGUCACAAUUGGGGAAGACCCUUCCUCAACUUCAGAUCAUUCUGUGGUGAAAGUAAAAGACUUUGAUGAAGAUGUGGAACUAAAGACUUCACUAAAACGUGUAACUAUAUUAGAUGAUGAGGAGUUUAACCCAGAAAUGGUGAAGGUCAAUAUGAAUAAGGUUUCAGGGUCAAGUGUUCAGGGUUCAGAGGUCAAGGAUAAGGGAAGUGCAUCAAGUGUUACUGAUCUGUCACAUCACAGUUUAGACAGUCAGGAGACAAAUCCAAGUAUGCUAGUACAUAUACCGGAAAAAUCCAAUCUUAGUCAAGAUCAAAAGCAUCGCAAAAAGAGAUACAAGGCAGACCAAGGUAAACAUACAGACAGCCAGGUAUCCAGCGCGAGGCCCGAGACUCCGACCUGGGACUAUUAUGACUUUGACACAGGCACCAGUGUUAUAGAGAUCCCGUUUGAGGACCCACAACCAGUUGCUAACAGGCCAAAUAUAGAGAGACCCACCGUUCACAGACCUACUGUGCAGCACCAUGCCUCCGCCCCAAUCUGUCUCCCAAUGGACACCACCAUGGGACUACAGGCUGAACGCAGAUCACAGAGACAGAAGGGCCACAGAAGAACAGACAAAAAUCUGGACACAAUUCCCGUGAUAGUUGUCACACAGGACGAUGUUCCAAAGUCUACAGUGGUGGAUACUUCAAAGAUAAAAAAACUGUCAACUCCCAAAAAAUUCAUUGCAAAUGUCACGCCUCGGGAUGUGGAAAUAAAAAUGGACAAUUUAGGUGUAAAGCCUAAAACAAAAGGUCAAAGUUCAUAUAAAAGUUCAAAGUCAAGGUCAAAAGGGGCGACAGUGGAGAUUGCUGCAGAUGUACAUGUGGACGGACAUCGUAGAAUGAACAGUGAUACAUCCAUCGAGAUUGAGCCUGAGGAUUCUUAUGUAAUUGAUUUUGAAGAGAUAGGGGAAGAUAACUCCAUCAUGCAGUCAGAUUUACUAAAACAGCACAAGGUGCCGAUGCAAGUGUUUAUAGAUGAGACGUAUGACAGUAUGGAUGAGUUUAGCGUCAGUUCUAGCGGGGGGACCAUACCCUCCCUAUCACUGGGGAGGAGACAACCCCAGAGUACAAAGAUCCUCUCAGGGGACGAGGACUUGGAGGUGAUUGAGGUUUAGUAUUCCCUACUUCAAACCUCUGGAUACAGACUUUCUAAAGAAAAGGGCCUAACAGGGGAUAAUCUCAGGGAACAGCUACUGGAUACAGAUCAAGUCUCUCUGGAGUAAGAAAGUCAAACAGAAGUGAUUUUGAAGAUUUUCUUCCUUGAUACAGACAUCCUUCCAGAUGAUAGAGGUUUGAGGUCAUUAAGUCUAGCAUUACAGACCUCAAGGGGAGAGAUGGGCUACAGAUGUUUUGGUAAUCAGUUGUUUUAGUAUUGAGAUGGUACAGUAAUUGUACAAACAGAAAAUAGAGCCAGCGCCAGUCCAAAAGUUAGUGGGUUAUUCAGUGGGGUGCUGCGCUUGAGCGUGGAUACCCAAGGUAUGGAGGGCGAUUGACAAAAUAUGUAAAUAUAAAUAUAUAAACAAGAACUUGGACUUAAAUUUCAGCUUUAGUUGUUUUUUUCAUAUCUUUAGUGUUCUGAUUUUAAAUUUAAGAUUCUUAAGGACUUUUGUAUCGAAACUGCCUAUUCUUAGAUACCAAACCUACUGGGUACCAAAACAUCUAGAAUUCAGAGAGAUAGCCAUUGUGUGUUUACAUCCUCCUGUGAGAUAAAGUCAUGGAGAUCAUUAAAGUGCAGCAUUAUUUACCUCAAGGGAAAAUAUGUCGCCUUUAUGAAGACAACCUCCAGAGGAAUAUGAUCAGUGUAGCAAUUCCAAACUCGGGGAGACCUUUCCCCGGGAAAUCAUGUGAGAUCUGGAGGUCAUUGGGGUUAAACAUUCUGAACACCUCUGUACUCUAUCUCUGGUGCUUGUUAUAAGGGGUGAACAACUCAGCUUUAAACCAUGGCAGCAAACAUGUUCAUUUGUAGUUAAGGAAAUCUGUAAAUUUUCUUUUAAAUUUAUUUUUAAAACUUAUUAAGUUAAAAAGAAUAAAGCAAGGAUGAUUGUUAUACAAACUCGUAAUGAGAACUUACAUGAUCGAAGUUAUCCAACACUUGUAUACCUGCUGUGACAUACUUUAAUUCUUUAAUACGUAUAUGUAGUUACACACACCUUUUUACUAUGCAGAAUUAUAUAAUGUUGGGUAACCUAUUUUUUCCGGAGAUGUACAUAAGUAUGAUAUGAAUACCUGAUACUACCUUCAUAUUUAGAUAUGUUGAUUUGGUUGUUUUCUACCAUUCCUUAAGUGCAGCUCUAACUACUGUAUCAUAUGUGGGUGCAGACUAACAAGGUACUCCAUUAUUAUCCCUGAUCUGUGGAGAUUCAACAACGGGACAAGAUGUUUGUACAGAAUGAAGCAAGUUGAGUCAAGGUUUGAUAUCUCUUUGCUUCAAUCGUGCAAGAGGGAUUGAUUUGUUGACAUAACAUGUUAUAUAUUUUGUAUAUUUAUAUACAACAAAUUUUCAUUUAAAUAUGAACUGAUUAAUGGAUAUGAGUAUAACUAUUAUUAAUAGCACUUUUUUAAUCAAUUAAUGAGAUUGUAACUUAAAAUAAUUAAUGAAAUUGUUAUGUUUCUUUUAUACAGAAUAUGUGUCACAAGUAUAAGAUUCAAUUAGGUUUAGUGGGGUUUUAUGUUGGGAUUUGUUUAAAGCCAGUUGUUAUACAAAUCAUUACAGUAAGUUGUAUACAUAUUUUGAAAAUAAGCCUCCUAGUGUUGUUCUCUUACGUUACCUUAAAUGUAAAACUUUUGUUGACAAUUUUAUUAACAUGUAAUUUGUUUGGUUUAAAGCAUAUUCAAUGAAAUUUGUUUAUCAUAAUUAUUUCCU